AGCUCCUCUCUCCCCCUAACCGCUCACUUGCCAGCCCUUCGCCCCCGGGAAGAAAAAACAUUUCCCGGAGCGCACUCCUCAGCCCUCCCUCCCCCCGCUCUCGCCCUCCCCUCCCCCCGCUCUUUCUUGGGGGAGGGGGGCUGUCGCCUCGGAUUGAAGGCCAUUGAUUUGUAUGUAUUUGUCCCAGCGCCGGAGGCUGCCCCAGCCGCCCGCGCCGGUGCCACCGCUGCCAGUGGAGUUGCCUCCCUGCUUCCCUAGGGUGGUUCGGCUCCACCAAACAUGUCGGCUCCUGUCGGGCCCCGGGGCCGUCCGGCUCCCACCCCGGCGGCCUGUCAGCCGCCCCUGCAGCCCGAAAUGCCGGACCUCAGCCACCUCACGGAGGAGGAGAGGAAAAUCAUACUGGCCGUCAUGGACCGGCAGAAGAAAGAAGAGGAGAAGGAGCAGUCCGUGCUCAAGCUCAAAGAAGAACACAAACCACAACCGACACAGUGGUUUCCCUUUAGUGGAAUCACUGAACUGGUAAAUAACGUUCUUCAGCCCCAGCAAAAACAACAAAAUGAAAAGGAGCCCCAGACAAAACUGCAUCAGCAGUUUGAAAUGUAUAAGGAGCAGGUAAAGAAGAUGGGCGAAGAAUCACAACAACAGCAAGAACAGAAGGGUGAUGCCCCAACCUGUGGUAUAUGCCACAAAACAAAGUUUGCUGAUGGAUGUGGCCAUAACUGUUCAUAUUGCCAAACAAAGUUCUGUGCUCGUUGUGGAGGUCGAGUGUCAUUACGCUCAAACAAGGAGGACAAAGUGGUUAUGUGGGUAUGUAAUUUGUGCCGAAAACAACAAGAAAUCCUCACUAAAUCAGGAGCAUGGUUUUAUAAUAGUGGAUCUAAUACACCACAGCAACCUGAUCAAAAGGUUCUUCGAGGUCUGAGAAAUGAGGAGGCUCCUCAGGAGAAGAAAGCAAAACUACAUGAGCAGGCCCAGUUCCAAGGACCCUCAGGUGACUUAUCUGUACCUGCAGUGGAGAAAAGUCGAUCUCAUGGGCUCACAAGACAGAAUUCUAUUAAAAAUGGGUCAGGCGUGAAGCACCAAAUUGCCAGUGACAUAGCUUCAGACAGGAAAAGGAGUCCAUCAGUGUCCAGAGAUCAGAAUAGAAGAUACGACCAACAGGAAGAAAGAGAGGAAUAUUCACAGUAUGCUACUUCAGAUAGCGCAAUGCCUAGAUCUCCAUCAGAUUAUGCUGAUAGGCGAUCACAACGUGAACCUCAGUUUUAUGAAGAAUCUGAUCAUUUAAAUUACAGGGACUCCAACAGGAGAAGUCAUAGGCAUUCCAAAGAAUAUAUUGUAGAUGAUGAGGAUGUGGAAAGCAGAGAUGAAUAUGAGAGACAGAGGAGAGAGGAGGAGUACCAGGCACGCUACCGAAGUGAUCCGAAUUUGGCUCGUUAUCCAGUCAAGCCACAACCCUAUGAAGAGCAAAUGCGUAUCCAUGCUGAAGUGUCCCGAGCACGGCAUGAGAGAAGGCAUAGUGAUGUUUCUUUGGCAAAUGCCGAAUUGGAAGAUUCCAGGAUUUCUAUGCUAAGGAUGGACCGACCAUCGAGGCAAAGAUCUGUAUCUGAACGUAGAGCUGCCAUGGAAAAUCAGCGAUCUUAUUCAAUGGAAAGAACUCGAGAGGCUCAGGGGCCAAGUCCUUACCCACAAAGGACCACAAACCAUAGUCCUCCCACCCCCCGGAGGAGUCCAAUACCCAUUGAUAGAGCAGACAUGAGGCGUACUGACUCGCUAAGGAAACAACACCACUUAGAUCCUAGCUCUGCUGUAAGGAAAACGAAACGAGAAAAAAUGGAAACGAUGUUAAGGAAUGAUUCUCUCAGUUCAGACCAGUCAGAGUCAGUGAGGCCUCCACCCCCAAAGCCUCAUAAAUCAAAGAAAGGAGGUAAAAUGCGCCAGGUUUCAUUGAGCAGUUCAGAGGAGGAAUUGGCUUCCACACCUGAAUAUACAAGUUGUGAUGAUGUUGAGAUUGAAAGUGAGAGUGUAAGUGAAAAAGGGGACAGUCAAAAGGGAAAAAGAAAAACUAGUGAGCAGGCAGUUUUGUCGGACUCUAACACCAGGUCUGAGAGACAAAAGAAAAUGAUGUACUUUGGUGGCCACUCUUUGGAAGAGGAUUUGGAAUGGUCUGAGCCUCAGAUUAAGGACUCUGGGGUAGAUACGUGUAGUAGCACAACCCUUAACGAGGAGCAUAGCCAUAGUGAUAAGCACCCUGUGACCUGGCAGCCAUCUAAAGAUGGAGAUCGUUUAAUUGGUCGCAUUUUAUUAAAUAAGCGUCUGAAAGAUGGAAGUGUACCUCGGGAUUCAGGAGCAAUGCUUGGCUUGAAGGUUGUAGGAGGAAAGAUGACUGAAUCAGGUCGGCUCUGUGCAUUUAUUACCAAAGUAAAAAAAGGAAGUUUAGCUGAUACUGUAGGACAUCUUAGACCCGGUGAUGAAGUAUUAGAAUGGAAUGGAAGGCUAUUGCAAGGAGCCACAUUUGAGGAAGUAUACAACAUCAUUUUGGAAUCCAAACCCGAACCACAAGUGGAGCUUGUUGUUUCAAGGCCUAUUGGAGAUGUACCUAGAAUACCUGAUAGCACACAUGCACAACUGGAGUCCAGUUCUAGCUCAUUCGAAUCUCAAAAAAUGGAUCGUCCUUCUAUUUCUGUUACCUCUCCCAUGAGUCCUGGCAUGUUGAGGGAUGUUCCGCAGUUCUUAUCAGGACAACUUUCAAUAAAACUGUGGUUUGACAAGGUUGGUCACCAAUUAAUAGUUACAAUUUUGGGAGCAAAGGAUCUCCCUUCGAGGGAAGAUGGGAGGCCAAGGAAUCCUUAUGUUAAAAUUUACUUUCUUCCAGACAGAAGUGAUAAAAACAAGAGAAGAACUAAAACAGUAAAGAAAACAUUGGAACCCAAAUGGAACCAAACAUUCAUUUAUUCUCCAGUCCACCGAAGAGAAUUUCGGGAACGAAUGCUGGAGAUUACCCUUUGGGAUCAAGCUCGGGUUCGGGAAGAAGAAAGUGAAUUCUUAGGAGAGAUUUUAAUUGAAUUAGAAACAGCAUUAUUAGAUGAUGAACCACACUGGUACAAACUUCAGACCCAUGAUGUCUCUUCAUUGCCACUUCCCCACCCUUCUCCAUAUAUGCCACGAAGACAACUCCAUGGAGAGAGCCCAACACGGAGGUUACAAAGGUCAAAGAGAAUAAGUGAUAGUGAAGUCUCUGACUAUGACUGUGAUGAUGGAAUUGGUGUAGUAUCAGAUUAUAGACACAAUGGUCGAGAUCUUCAAAGCUCAACAUUAUCAGUGCCAGAACAAGUAAUGUCAUCAAAUCAUUGUUCACCAUCAGGCUCUCCUCAUCGAGUAGAUGUUAUAGGAAGGACUAGAUCGUGGUCACCCAGUGUCCCUCCUCCACAAAGCCGGAAUGUAGAACAGGGACUUCGAGGGACACGCACUACUACUGGGCACUAUAAUACAAUUAGCCGAAUGGAUAGACAUCGUGUCAUGGAUGACCAUUAUUCUCCAGAUAGAGACAGGGAUUGUGAAGCAGCAGAUAGACAGCCAUAUCACAGAUCCAGAUCAACAGAACAACGGCCUGUUCUUGAGCGGACCACCACCCGCUCCAGAUCCACUGAACGUCCUGAUACAAACCUCAUGAGGUCGAUGCCUUCAUUAAUGACUGGAAGAUCUGCCCCUCCUUCACCUGCCUUAUCGAGGUCUCAUCCUCGUACUGGGUCUGUCCAGACAAGCCCAUCAAGUACUCCAGUGGCAGGACGAAGGGGUCGACAGCUUCCACAGCUUCCACCAAAGGGAACGUUGGAGAGAAAAGAAGCGGACUCCACAAGGAGAAGAUAUGCAGGUGCUAUGGAUAUAGAGGAGAGAAAUCGCCAAAUGAAAAUUAACAAAUACAAACAGGUAGCCGCAUCAGAUCCCAGACUGGAACAAGAUUACCAUUCGAAGUAUCGAUCAGGAUGGGAUCCUCAUAGAGGGGCAGAUAAUAUUUCCACUAAAUCUUCGGACAGUGAUGUAAGUGAUAUAUCUGCGGUUUCAAGGACUAGUAGUGCUUCUCGUUUCAGCAGCACAAGCUACAUGUCUGUCCAAUCAGAACGGCCAAGAGGAAACAAGAAAAUCAGUGUCUUUACAUCCAAAAUGCAAAGCAGACAAGUGGGCAUGUCAGGGAAGAACAUGACCAAAAGCACCAGCAUCAGUGGAGACAUGUGCUCGCUGGAGAAGAAUGAUGGCAGCCAGUCUGACACAGCAGUGGGCGCCUUGGGCACCAGUGGCAAAAAGCGGCGUUCUAGCAUUGGGGCCAAAAUGGUAGCUAUUGUUGGUCUCUCACGGAAAAGUCGCAGCGCUUCUCAGCUCAGCCAAACAGAAGCAGGAGGUAAAAAACUCCGUAGCACUGUCCAGAGAAGUACAGAAACGGGCCUGGCAGUAGAGAUGAGGAACUGGAUGACUCGACAGGCAAGCCGGGAGUCUACAGAUGGCAGCAUGAACAGCUAUAGCUCAGAAGGAAAUCUGAUUUUCCCUGGUGUCCGCUUAGCCUCUGAUAGCCAAUUCAGCGAUUUUCUGGAUGGCCUGGGCCCUGCUCAGCUAGUGGGACGCCAGACUCUGGCUACACCUGCCAUGGGUGACAUUCAGGUAGGAAUGAUGGACAAAAAGGGACAGUUGGAGGUGGAAAUCAUCCGGGCCCGUGGCCUUGUUGUAAAACCAGGUUCCAAGACACUGCCAGCACCAUAUGUAAAGGUGUAUCUUCUAGAUAAUGGAGUCUGCAUAGCCAAAAAGAAAACAAAGGUGGCAAGAAAAACGCUGGAACCCCUUUACCAGCAGCUAUUGUCUUUUGAAGAGAGUCCCCAAGGAAAGGUUUUACAGAUCAUCGUCUGGGGGGAUUAUGGCCGCAUGGAUCACAAAUCCUUUAUGGGAGUGGCUCAGAUACUUUUAGAUGAACUAGAACUAUCCAAUAUGGUGAUCGGAUGGUUCAAACUUUUCCCCCCUUCCUCCCUAGUAGAUCCAACCUUGGCCCCUCUGACAAGAAGAGCUUCCCAGUCAUCUCUGGAAAGUUCAACCGGACCUUCUUACUCCCGUUCAUAGCAGCUGUAAAACUGUUGUCACAGCAACCAGCGUUACAAAAAAAAAAAAAAAUCACAGGUCGCAAACCCUGGUAACACUGCAUGCUUAAUGUUGUGUCUUCUGAGCCUGUUUCUAGGGAUACAAAGCGAUCCUGUGUUCUCAGAGGAAGUUGCACACAUUGUGCCCUAAAGAAGGCCCUCAGGUGAAAGAGCAGAGAUAAGAAGAACUAUCAGGUUUGGAGUUCAAAGACACUCGAGUUUCUGUCCAAUCUGAAGCCAUGGAUUAAUCUCAAAGAACCAGUCAGUUUCAUGCAACAAAAGCCCUUUUCAAUGGCACCUUUAUAUUUUUAUUGUUCCUUUUCCUUCAUUUAUCUGACCCCAAAGCCCUGUUAUGCCACAGAAAUGGAGCUGUACAGCCAUUAAGCCAUGUUACAGGUCAAGGAGUGAAGUCCUAGGAAGCAUCAGGUAAAAAGCAGGAGACCAAAGAAGUGGUCGGGAACAAAGCGUCAGCCUUCCUCUGGCCAGGGAUCGGAAGCAGUCAGUCCAGCGGGGAGAGUGGCAGACUUCCGUAGCUCCACAGGCAUAACAUUUACUAAUGCCAAGAUGUGUUGAACUCUGAAAAACAAUUCUGUGGCUACACUGUACUGAAUGAAAUUAAAGAAACUUUUUUUGCAUGGACACAGAUUAGCUGAAUACUUAAAUUAUUUUCUUGGGGCUGCAACUU